AUGCCAGCACCCGCAACUAUACCUGCUUCUUCUCUUGCUGUUCACCGCUCUGAGCUAUCUCUUAGCCUUCGCUGCAAAAUCCGAGCGCUUCGGAGUGCAGCACUUUGGCCAUUUAGAAAGAUCGGUAAAGAGCUUGGUGUCCCACUUUCUACUGUAUAUAGUAUAUGUCAACAGCCAUUUACACCUGUACGUCCUCGGAUGGGAAGACCACUCAUUCUGACCAAACCUAUUCGUCUUCAAUUAAUUGCAACAGCUACCUCUUCCCAAGCAAAUCGGCGCAAGCCUCUAAUGCAAAUUGCGGAGGAAAUUGGGAUAACCGUCAAUCCACGUACACUACGGAAAACCUUUGCAGAUGCAGGGUAUCACAGAAGAGUUGCCCGUGUUAAACCUUUUCUCUCUCCGGCAGCAAAGAUCAAGCGUAUGAAUUGGGCAGACAAUCUACGUGGUUGGGACGUUGCAGACUAUCAAAAGAUAAUCUGGACUGAUGAAUGUGCCUUUAACGUUGGCGGGUUUGCAGGGAAUACAUGGGUGACUAGACUACCGGAAGAGGAGUAUGUAGAGGAUUGCUUGGUCCCAAAAUUUAGAAAGUUACAGACGAUAAUGGUAUGGGGGUGUAUUUAUGGCAACACUAAAGGACCCUUGGUAUUUUGGGAUAAAAAAGAAUGGGGAAAUACGAUCAACGGUCCUGGAUAUUGUCAAAAUAUCGUUAGACCAUACCUCUACCCAUUUUGGCAGCAAAAAUCUCAAGUUUUGGAUUAUGUCUACAUCAUGCAUGAUGGAGCACCACCGCACCGUGCCAAAUUCACCACAAAUGUUUUAGAAGAGCUAGGUGCGAGGACACCCAAGUGCACAACUAACAUUUCUUUGAGGGCUGCUAUCGAGGAGGAAUGGAAUGCCAUCUCGCCUGAGGAGAUUGCGUCUCUGAUUAACACGCUUCCUGAAAGGGUGGAAGCAGUCCGGGCUGUUAGGGGGGGACAUACAAAGUAUUGA